CCAAACCUAAAAACCAUUGUCAGCUUUAUUUAAUCUCAAAUGCAUCAACAUCGUAGCACCCCAAACGCAAUCCAAUCCGCGUUCUCCACUCACUACUCACUCCUUCGCCUGCACCCACCAAACACCUCUGUCCCUCUCACCCAAAAACAUGACAAGGCCAAAGAUUUACCUCUUCGGUGAUUCGAUCACCGAAGACUCUUUCUCACCAGGUGGAUGGGGUGCUUCUCUCACCCACCAUUUCUCUCGCACGGCUGAUGUGGUGCUGAGAGGUUACAGUGGGUACAACACGCGGUGGGCGUUGAAGGUGUUGGAGAGGGUUUUCCCGGCGUCACAGGGCGGUGACGGUGGAACCGAAGCAGCGCCGAUUGCUGUGACGGUUUUCUUUGGGGCCAACGACGCUUGCCUUCCUGAUAGAUGUUCUGCUUUUCAGCACGUGCCUCUCCAUGAAUACAAGCGGAACCUUCACUCCAUUGUUUCCUUCUUCAAGAAGCGAUGGCCCACAACUUUGGUGCUCCUCAUAACUCCUCCUCCAAUUGAUGAGGAACUACGUUGUAGACAUCCGUAUGUAGAAAAUCCACAGGGUCUUUCUGAAAGGACAAACGAAGCAGCCGGUGAGUAUGCUAGAGCAUGCAUUGCGGUGGCCGGAGAAUGUGGAAUACCUGUGGUUGAUCUCUGGAACAAAAUGCAACACCGGAAAAAAGAUUAUCUAAGUGAUGGUUUGCAUCUCACUGAAAGUGGCAACGAAGUUGUUUUUGAGGAAGUAAUAAAAAAGCUGAGAGACGAAGGGUUGAGUCUGGAAUCUAUAGCGGUUGAUCUCCCACUUAUUGCUGAUAUUGACCCUAAUGAGCCCCUGAAGGCCUUUCUGGAGUAACAGAAUGAUGCAUUAGAAAAGGAGUGUGUCUUUUGUUGUCGCGGAACGAUGUGUUAUUACAGUAUCACCCAUAGUAUUUUAAUCGUCCUUGUGUUGUGGCUAUUCUCUGUGGAAAACAAUAUGUUGGAUAAUGUCUACUAUUGCAGUGUCAGAUGUAGUGGUUUUUCAUUUUCUUGGCUUGAAUGUGAAUGACCUAAUAUAUUUGAACUGUUUUUCUAAUGCUAGAUACGUUCUAGGUCUCA